CAUGAUGGAAAGGACGCAGCAAUUACGUCCAUAAGCUAUCUAUAGUGAAGAAAAAUUAACUCAAGCCUAAGUUUUUCUUCUAACCAUGGAAGAACUUCAGCAGCUCGAACAAUUAUCUCUUGUAUCUAAGAUUUGUACUGAGUUGGACAAUCACUUGGGUAUUAAUGACAAAGAUCUUGCUGAGUUUAUAAUCAUGCUGGGAGAAAGGAACUCCACUAUUGACAAGUUUCAGGCAGCUCUAGCAGAAAAUGGUGCUGAAUUUCCAGACUCAUUUGCAUCAAACUUGUUGAGACUGAUUCAAAAAAUGAAACCUAAGUUGGAAACAUAUGAUGAUAAACCAGAUAUGUCUGUUAAUGAAAACAAAGUAACAGCUGGUGCAGUGGAGAUAAAAAGAAAGGCAUUCCCAGGACUUUGCAUUCCAGAUCAAAUGACUGAAAAUGAAAGAAAAGGCUUCGAGGAUGAUGAACAAGUGGCAUCAUCAGCUUUAGGGGAGUUAGAAGCUCUGAUGUCUAAGGCUAAACAAUCAACCUCACAAACUGACAGUAAAAAAAAGGGAAGGAAACAAAGUAGAAGCAGAAGUAGAAGCAGAAGUAGAAGCAGAAGUAGAAGCAGAGAACAACCAUCAAGGAGAGAUGAAAAACGAAGGCCAAGGUCACAGUCUCUAAGCCCAAGACGUGACAGAAACAGACAUAGGGACAGAGAUCAUGAAGAAGGAAGGAAUAGCAGGAGAAGGAGAAGUAGAUCUAGAAGUAAAGGAAGGAAUUACCCAAGAAACAGACAUGGCAGUAGCCAUGUGGAAAAAGCCCCACCUGCAAUUCCAGUUGUGAACCAGAUUUACAGUGGAAAAGUUACCACUGUUAUGCAGUUUGGUUGCUUUGUUCAGCUGGAAGGAUUACGAGGACGACAUGAAGGCUUAGUGCAUGUGUCACAGCUGCGCCGUGAAGGUCGAGUGGCUAAUGUGAGUGAUGUGGUGCAUAGAGGUCAAAAGGUUAUGGUAAAAGUUCUCUCCAUGGCUGGUAGCAAGAUAAGUCUGAGUAUGAAGGAUGUGGAUCAAGAGUCAGGAGAAGAUCUGAAUCCCACCAAGUCUAGACAAAAUAUUGGAGGUGAGGCCAGUGACAUGGCCAGGAACCCAGAUAGGCCAUCUGGCAUCCCUGUAGUCCCAGUUUAUGAAGAAGAUGAACCAAACUCUAGGCGAAAAGUUCAGAGGAUAACAUCGCCAGAGAAAUGGGAAAUAAAGCAGCUUAUCUCAGCUGGUGUAUUGGACAAAGCAGACUACCCAGAUUUCGAUGAUGAGACUGGUAUCCUUCCCAAGGAUGAUGAUUCAGAUGAAGACAUUGAGAUUGAAAUCGUAGACGAGGAACCAGCUUUUCUGAGAGGUCAAACAAAAUUGAGUGUAUCUAUGAGCCCUGUGAAAAUUGUGAAGAAUCCCGAUGGUUCCCUUCAAAGAGCAGCCAUGACUCAAAGUGCUCUGGCGAAGGAGAGAAGAGAACUUAAACAAGCCCAAAGAGAAGCACAGGCAGACAGUAUACCCAAAGAUCUUGGAAAACUGUGGAUUGAUCCUAUACCCGAUGUGGAUGGUGAUAAGCCAAUCUUCGCUCAAGAUAUGCGAGGAGUUGGAUUGACAAAUGAAGAUAUGCCUGAAUGGAAACGAGCUACAUUUGGUGGGAAUAAAGCUUCAUACGGGAAGAAAACAAAUUUGAGUAUACUGGAACAGAGGCAAGGAUUACCAAUCUACAAGCUUCGAGAAGAGUUGCUAAAGGCCGUGAUUGAAAACCAUGUUUUGAUCGUCAUUGGUGAAACUGGGAGUGGGAAAACUACACAAAUAACACAGUAUCUGGCAGAGGAAGGCCUUCUAAGCGCCGGAAAACUUGCUUGUACUCAGCCAAGGCGAGUGGCAGCUAUGUCAGUCGCCAAACGAGUGUCAGAAGAGUACGGCUGUCGACUUGGACAGGAAGUAGGGUACACCAUACGAUUUGAAGACUGUACGAGUUCGGAGACAAAGAUCAAAUAUAUGACGGACGGUAUGCUGCUUCGGGAGUGUCUUCUCGACCCGGAUUUAAAUCAAUACGCCAUCGUGAUCCUCGACGAAGCACACGAGCGCGGGAUAAAUACCGAUGUACUCUUCGGAUUGAUGAAGAAAACUGUAGAAAAGCGAUCCGAUUUGAAGUUGAUUGUCACCUCGGCCACGCUGGACGCAGUCAAAUUUUCAACGUAUUUCUUUGAGGCUCCCAUUUUCACGAUCCCAGGACGGACUUUUCCUGUGGAGAUUUUGUAUACAAAAGAAGCAGAGACAGAUUACCUGGAUGCAUCCCUUAUCACGGUCAUGCAGAUCCAUUUGACUGAGCCGCCAGGAGAUAUUCUUGUGUUUUUGACAGGUCAAGAAGAAAUUGACACAGCAUGUGAGAUUUUGUACGAGCGUAUGAAAAGCUUAGGACCGGAUGUUCCUGAGUUGAUUAUUCUGCCAGUUUAUAGUGCUUUGCCAUCGGAGAUGCAAACCAGAAUAUUUGACCCCGCCCCACCUGGCAGCAGAAAGGUGGUAAUUGCCACUAACAUUGCUGAAACAUCGUUAACAAUUGACGGUAUCUACUAUGUGGUUGAUCCGGGAUUUGUAAAGCAGAAAGUCUACAACUCCAAGUCAGGAAUUGACGCUUUGGUCGUGACUCCUAUCUCGCAGGCUCAAGCUAAGCAGCGCUCUGGCCGCGCGGGAAGAACGGGUCCUGGUAAAUGCUAUCGACUGUACACGGAGCGUGCGUACAGAGAUGAGAUGCUGCCGACCGCUGUACCUGAAAUCCAGAGAACUAACUUGGCAAGCACUAUACUGUCACUCAAGGCUAUGGGAGUAAAUGAUUUGCUCUCCUUUGAUUUUAUGGAUCCACCGCCCAUGGAGACCAUGAUUUCAGCUAUGGAACAGUUACACUCACUAAGCGCCUUGGACGAUGAGGGCCUGUUAACUAGACUUGGAAGACGAAUGGCGGAGUUUCCUCUGGAGCCACAAUUGUCGAAGAUGUUAAUUCAGUCGGUACAUCUAGGUUGCAGUGACGAGGUGCUCACCAUUGUUUCCAUGCUUUCUGUACAAAACGUCUUUUACAGGCCUAAGGACAAGCAGGCACUUGCUGAUCAAAAGAAAGCUAAAUUUCACCAAGCUGAAGGAGACCACCUUACAUUACUCGCUGUUUACAACUCUUGGAAGAACAACAAGUUCUCGAAUCCAUGGUGCUUUGAGAACUUUGUGCAGGCCAGGUCACUGAGACGCGCUCAAGACAUCAGAAAACAAAUGCUUGGUAUUAUGGACAGACACAAGCUUGACGUGGUGUCUUGUGGCAAGACGACAUCCCGGGCGCAAAAAGCCAUCACGAGCGGUUUCUUCCGUAACGCCGCCAGAAAAGAUCCACAGGAAGGCUACCGCACUGUGACGGAUAACCAGGUGGUGUACAUCCAUCCAUCCAGUGCGCUGUUCAACCGGCAGCCGGAGUGGGUGGUGUAUCAUGAGCUCGUUUUAACAACUAAGGAGUACAUGAGAGAGGUCACUACUGUAGAUCCAAAAUGGCUGGUCGAGUUUGCGCCCGCGUUCUUUAAGAUGGGCGAUCCCACCAAACUGAGCAAGCGUAAAAGACAGGAGAGAUUGGAGCCGUUGUACAACAGAUACGAAGAACCAAAUGCUUGGCGUAUUUCUCGCGCCUUCAGAAGAAGGUGAAGAUGAUUUUCACCAUGGCAACCACUAUGACCGCUUUUCAAUUGAUCACCAAGCUGAGCUCAAUGAACUGCUUGUAGAGAAUUAUAAUCAGUAGCAAUUACGGUGUAUUUCAG